AUUGUUUGUAAUAGAGAAAAAAGAGAAGAUAAUGGCUAAUGAUAUAUUAUUUGGAGGAAUUAAGGAGAAGGAAGGUUCUGCCAAUAGUUUGGAAAUUGAAGGUCUAGCAAGAUUCGCAAUUGAAGAUCACAACAAGAAAUCUAAUGCACAGUUGGAAUUGGUGAACAUCUUGAAGGUGGAAGAACAGGUUGUGGCUGGAUCUAUAUAUUAUAUAACUCUUGAGGCAACAAAUGCUAUGGGUGGUGGUGGUGAAAAGAAAGCUUAUGAGACUAAGGUUUGGGUAAAGGAUUGGAUGAAUUUUAAACAGGUUACUGAGUUUAAGCUUGUUAAUGGAGAUCAGCAUGCUUCUUCUUCCCCAACUGUUUAACUAAAUCUAUGUUGUUUUAACUACAAUAAUUAUGUUGAUGAUCCAUUUGUUUUUGUAAUUGAAUGUUCUAUCCAUUUGAACUUUGGAGUUUUCUAUUGAUAAAUUGACUUUUAUUUUAUUAAUAUAUUUGAGAAAAAUUGGAUGAAUCCACAAAUCAAUCCCUAUAAUCAAUCUAGAGAUGUAAAUGAACAUUUGAAUAUUCUUUGGUAAAAAGAUAAUUCGAGUUAUUAUUUA